AUGUUGAAAUUUCUGAAGGGGGUGGUGGCCGGAUCUGGUUCGGGGCUCAAGGAUCUUCCCUACAAUAUCGGCGAGCCCUACGCAUCUGCCUGGGGUUCAUGGACGCACCACCGUGGCAGCUCUAAGGUUCACCCCGUACCUCUCCCCUUCCUCUCUCUCUCUCUCUAUCUCUCACGAGACUGGGCUAGGGGUGAUGGGAUACAUUGGAGAAUCAAAUGGGAUGGAUAUCCGGUUGACGUCGAUUGCGUUGUGUCGUCGAUUAAGAUUUCGAAUUAUGAAUGCUCUUUCUUUACCGAUUUUUUUAGGUGAAGCCCUUAAAGCGAAUAGUCUGCAACGGUUUUGGGCUUUAUAUGCUUUUUUUUUCUGUUAGAGAAUUUAGAGUGUGAACUAGUGACCUAUUGGUUUCAGAUCAUCGUUAAAAUUUAAAACUUUCAUAUUCUUCUCCUAAUUAAGAACGCUUGGCGAAAGGAGUAUGGCCUGCUAUGCUUGCUGUUUUGAAUAGCUGGUAAGAUGUGCCUACGGUUCCUUAUUUUAAUUGAUAUUUUGAAAUUUCAUGGAUUGGCGUUCUCGAUGUUUUAUUGGGGUGGUUACAUUCAAAUGUUUGUAUGUUGUAGCUUACUAUUAGAGGACUCGAGUGAAGAUCUGCAUAUUUUCAGUGUCCAAAGUACCUCUGCGAUCCUCUUGGCAACGUAUUUUUUAAUAAUAACUUCAAAAUAAUUAUACCUGUGAAGGGGUCCUUUCCAAAAUAGGUAAGGGUGCUUAUCAGAAAUGCUAAUAUCUUUAAAAUAAUGUUCUGCGAAGUAGUUUACUCAUGUCCCAAUUAUAAAAUGAAUUCAUUGAAUUGGAUAAAUGAUGAGAUCGAUUUUCAAGAUUCUUGUUUUAAUUGUGUAGGUAUCUUCCUUUCCAGAAAGUUGACAGUGGCAUUUGACUUUUUUUUCAGUGUUUAACAAAUUCUCAUGCAAAUUUUGUCUUUUUCUUCACCAGGAUGAUGGAUCUUCAGUGUCCAUAUUUUCCCUUUCAGGAAGUAACGCUCAAGAUGGGCACCUGGCUGCUGGUCGCAAUGGUGUCAAGCGUCUUCGGACAGUAAGUUGCUGACUGAUGUUUUUCCGAUCAUUAACUGCUUGCAAAGGCUUUCAUGCAGAACUUCAUUCAAAAUAUAUACUUUUAGGAAUCCUUUUUUAGUUGUGAUAAUUUUCUUAGGGAAAUAUGUUGAUUUCUUAAGUUGCAUAAUCUGUCCAGGUUUUCACUGCCUUUAUCCGGACUUUAUUUUACUAGGUGGAACUGCAUAUCACAAGAGGGGUUCCCAGGAAAUUAAGCCGAUUUACAUGCCAUUACUUUUUCCCAGUGAAUCAUAGCAUAAAAGGAGUAGAAAGAACCACAGGAUAUUUUUUAGUGUUGCAACUCUUUUUAAAAGCACUAAAUUUCUUUGGUAUUCUCCAUUUUCUGCAUAAGCAGCUUGUUCAUAUUUAUCCAUAGCCUGCUGUUUCAGUACCUCUUUAACUUAUUUUCAUCUAUUUCACCCACUUGUUAUUUGGGCUCAUUUCUGAACUUUUGUAUGCUCUGGAGUAGGUGGCUAAGACUUGUGGUGCUUUUCAGGUCCGUCAUCCAAAUAUAUUGUCUUUUCUUCACAGUACCGAGGUUGAAGCUGAUGGGUCUGGUUCCAAGCACGUCAUUUACAUUGUGACUGAGCCUGUAAUGCCACUUUCAGAAAAGAUAAAGGAGUUAGGCUUAGAAGGCGCACAGAGGUAUUUGGGUCGUCCUUCACAUGUUGUGAUGCCACUUUCGGGCGAUGUGUAUCUGAUCUUCUUGUUAACCGAGAUAAUUAUGAUGAUUGUGUAUGAACACUUAAUGUCUAUUUCUCCUGUCCUAGUCCAGUUCAAGGUGGGAACUUCACGUUUUGUUUAAAUUCAAAAAAAAAUUAGAAAAAUCGAUUCGCAGGGAACCCAGCUGAUCUUUCUUGGGUUAGUUGACUCCGAAUCCGGUGGAAACCAUUUCAUGUCUUUCUCUCUCGUAGCUGGAGGAAGUGCCAAAGAGGAAAAAAUAAAGAAGAUUAAGUUAGAACCAGUUUAGUCUGCCAGUUUUUUUGUUUCCUUGGAAGGUUUCCUCUGCAUGAACCCCAUCUUAUCGCUGUUUUCAACUUUUUGGAAUCAUUAGUAUAGCGAUAAGAGCUGUUUGAGUUUUUUAGCAUAGUCUUUAGGAGGGUGAUUUUUGUAUAAUUGAUUUUUUCAUCACAGAUCAAGGACUCGACUAUGAAUUUAGGUCUUAGUCAUUUCUUGUAAAGGUUGGACGAGGAUGAUGCUGCUUGUGGUCCAUGGUUAUAAUGAGGAAAUACUGCUAAAUGGGAAAAACAAUUUGGCUCUUUGAUUGAAGAUUGCUUAUUAUUGUGUUAGUACAUCAUCAAUGUGGACAAUGGCAAGUUCGAGAUUUUGAAUAUACAUUGUUAAAUGGACCUCUCAUCAAGUUUUUCUUCCCAGAUAUAUUUUUCACAGUUAAAGAUAAAGGGGCUUGCGAAUUUAGUUCGACAAUUAUUAUAGGGUUUACCUUUCUUUGCAUUGCUAGGGCUCAGGGGGUGCAUUUGUGCUGCUUUUAUAUUUUACUCAUAUCUUAUUUCUCUUUGCAGGAACUUCUAAGGUUCAUUACCUGAGUGAAGGUUGUAGAGGGUUGAGGGGAGGGGUGUGUUUCAUAGCACUUGCUUUUGUGUUCUAAGGUUAGAAAGCUAGUGUCCGAUAGUCCAUUGGUCUAAGACUUUGUCUAUAGUUGAGAUAAUCCUCCGUUGGGACAGUCUGUUAGAACAAAUGUCUGCUAGGUUAUUCAUCACGUUGCCUUAUGAAUGGACAGAAAAUUGUGAUUUGAAAAAUGAAAUACCAAAUACAGCCUUGCUGUAUUUAAGGUGAAACUGCUUGUACUUUAGAAGAAAUGGGGAGUCAUUAUCGAUCAUCUUUGGUAGAGUUGCCAUUUUCAUUUAUUGAAAUGGAUGAUGUAUGGUGAAGAUCAAUAUUGCUGCCUCCUCAUGUGAUAGUGCGCUGAUGUUUAAUUGUACAGCCACUUCGGCAUAAAGGAGAGCAACUCAAAGGACGUAUAACUGUAAACGUUUGAUUUAAUUAAUAAAAUUUGUACAAAAAAAAAACUCAAACAAUCAGAUUUCAGAAGAUAACUUUGGUGAUUUAGUAAGAAAAAAAAUACAUUGCAGAAUCAUCCCCCAUCCCCCAACCCCCCUGAAUUGGUUAUUCUUUUAGUGAAGCAAAAAGAGCAAGUAUACUAUUUUAUUUUAUUUGCAGAUUUCUGAUACUAAACCGCUCAAAAUCUAUGGUUUGUUAUAAUACGUAUCCAUGUUUUUCACGCACUUUUUCACACCACUUUUGGUUUCGAAGUGACACUGCAGUUUUUCUAGAUGGUUGUACAGUUUAUUGUUCUCUUCAGAUAAUCUCAUUUUUCAUAUUUAGCUAAAGUUCAAAUUAUACUGUUUAAUCUCAUGAAUGGACAAAUGUGCGAGACAUUGUUUGUGAUGGAACAUCAUGUUCUCAUUUUUACUCUAUGGGAUUUGAUUGACACACGUUGACUUUAUUGCCUAUGAACAAGUCGUCCUCUGAAGUUUGGGUUUCUCAUUUGACAGCGGAAUACUACUUUGUUUUGUUAUGGAAUUAUCGGUUCCUUUCUUUUUCUAAUAUAUAACUCUAUCUGUGCACAAUAACAGGGAUGAGUACUACGCAUGGGGACUUCACCAGAUAUCUAAAGCUGUCAGCUUUCUGAACAAUGAUUGCAAACUUGUAUGACCUCCCCUUUUCCUUGUUAAGUUUGGAUUAUUAGCUCUAAUGUAGAUUUUUAGCUUCUUCUGAUUAUAUGAGAUAAUUUUUUUGCCUCUAAUUGAACAGCUGCUGCAGAGCCAUAUUACACUAUUUUAUCCUCACACUAUCUGAAUUGUCUGUUUUGCAAUAUAUUUUUGGACAAUGUUUGUUAUUUCUCUAUGUUUUAUUUCCUGAUUUGUUUCUAAUAAAAGAUAUUUUGACUUUGUUAGAAUACGGAUCAUUUUAGUUGGUGUGGAGUAUGUUAUUGAGAAGUAUAUGGUGUCAUCUUUGGAAUUUAAGGUAGAAAGUGUGGGGGAAAAACUUUUCUUUCAAGUCUAGCAUUGCCUUAUGAAAUCAGACUGCCAAGGUACUCUUUUGUAGGUUAUCCAGAGAAAGAUCAUACUCACGCAUUUGAUUUUACGAAUUAUUUCUUUCAACUAAUAACGGUUGCUUGCUCAUAUCACGUUGGAAUUGAAGAGGGACUAAAAGAUUCAGCAUAUGCUGUUUAUGGAUAAUACAAUUAGAUUAGAAAAAUCAUAUUGAUUGCGUACAUAUGAAAUUCAGCAUGUGCUAUUUAUGAAUAAUAUAAUUCUUCUAGAAAAAUCUUAUUGAUCACGGGCGUAUGUGAGAUUCAACAUAUGCUGUUCAUGAAUGAUAAAACUCUUUUAAAAAAUCAUUUUGAUUUCGGGCAUAUAUAAGACUUAGCAUAUGCUGUUAAUGAAAAAUAUAAUUGUUUUAGAAAAAUCAUUUUGAUUUCGGGCAUAUAUAAGACUUAGCAUAUGCUGUUAAUGAAAAAUAUAAUUGUUUUAGAAAAAUCAUGUUGAUUGCGGGCAUAUAUGAGAUUCAUCAGGCAUGCUACAAUGGGUUUUUCUGAGUUGCAACUUUUUUUCUCAGGUUCAUGGUAAUGUCUGUUUGUCCAGUGUUGUUGUCACUCAAACGCUGGACUGGAAGCUGCACGCAUUUGAUGUCCUAUCAGAAUUUGAGGUGAACAGUGAAGCUGGCACUAGUGCAAUGCUGGUAAUCUCUUUUUUUCGAUUUUUUGUAGCUUCUUGCUUUAACUUCUGUUUUGAGAAUAGUGGAUUUCAUGUAAUUGGGUUCAUGUGGAUCUUCAAUGAAUUGACCACGUAAUGUUGUGUUUCUUAAGAGCUCAUCACCAUAAUUAUAAUUCUGACACAUCUUUGAUUCUCAUGGCAGCUCAAGUAUGUAAUUUCUUCGAUAAUAUGCUAAAAGCCAAUCCUUUGUCAGCGCUAUUAUCAUUGGAAAAAAUAAUCUGUGCUAAGGAUGAAGCACUUGGUAUUUUCAUUGUUGUCAGAAUGUAACGGUUUAUUAGGUGAUUUAUUUCAGUCAGAAGAAAUACCUCACACCAUUAUCUGACCUUGAAUUCAGGUGACACCUCUGCUGAUUAAAACAAUUACUGAUCGCUUUGUGGAGACUAGUCGUAUAGAAUUGUGGUUCAAAAACACCCUUACAUGGUCAGGUUAGAUGUAAUGCCAGUUUGCCAGGCCUGUUACUCUGUUUCCGAAGUUGACCUGCCAAACGGGUUUGAUAGAGUUCACUACUAAGAUUAGAUUUCAGUCAUUUAUCCUGCUUCCUGUUAGUUGAAGAAUAGAUAAUUUAAGAAAAACAAAAUUAUAGCUUGCUUGCAUUCUAUGGUGUUUAUAGUUUUUCUACUUAGCAAUGACUAGCUUUUGUUUGAUUGUUCGAGUAGGGUUUCUUGAUGAAAUGAUUUGAUGGGCAUUCUUUCUCAUAUUUCAUGCAGCAAUUCGAAUGGUUGAUUGGAACACAAUAUAAACCCAUGGAGUUGUUAAAGUCAGACUGGCAAACAAUCAGAAAAUCCCCUCCAUGGGCAAUUGACUCAUGGGGAUUAGGUGAGUUUCUGGCUGCUAGUAGCUCUUGGGUCGUCAUGUUAAUGCUUUAAUGAAGUGUCCCAUAUUGCAGUGAUGUAGACAGUUGUCACCUAUUUUUUACACUAAUUCCAUGAUGAAUCUCACUCUUCCGCCAUGACCAAUUUUUUGUUAAUACAUGAAUUGUUGUGUUUUUUUUUUCUAACACAUGGGCUCCUGACUCCCUCAUUUGAAGAUACUGGAUAAUAUGGCUAGUGUUGGACACGAUUUAUCAUGCCAGAUACACUCUUUUGUAUCACUGUCUUUGUCUGAAAAGUGACUGAUGAUACUUGAAUGUCAGAACACGAAUCGAUGAUGAAUUGAUACUGUUGUUUUGGUUAUAUCCAGGUAGAAGUUAGAAUUUCAGUUAGGCAAAUGAAGCAGAGAAGGAAUCUUAGAAAAAAAAGCCUAUGUACAGAAAAUGGAUACAAAUAAAAGGAAGUGGCGAAAUAUCAAGUGUUACAUCUCAAUGAUAUGUAUUUUAGACAUCUGAACAUUCUGGGCGGUUGGUCGUAGAGAAUAUAUUCUCAAUGGCUUCAGCAGUUCCAUUUUCUCACAGUUAGUGUCAGAUAACUGUGCAAUAAUUUUUUUUCUAGCCUUUCACUUGUCUCAAGACUUCUUCCAUGCCUUUUUUCCUUUUGUUUUAGAGUAAAAUCAAUUAAAUUGAUAGCAAGUGUAACUUGCCUUGUACACUUUCCACAGAUGUUUUGAUUGACGGAAGUUAACUUUUAAAUCUACACUUUCUUGGAAAAUAUGAUAUCUUAACCUAUGAUUCCCUGCAUUGCGAUCAGGAUUGCACAUCCAAGAUCCACUUCUAAUGUUGUGUGAGAACCUUUGAUACUUUACAGAGCAAUUAUCUACUCGAGGGGAAAUUUGACCCCCGUUAGGUGGUUAAAGUUUUGUUGGCUCUCAUAGCAGCCUUUUGUAGUUAUUAUCGACAAAGUUGCUCGGAUUCAGUCGUCAAAAACUUGCCUUAUUGGCCAAUGUUCUCUCUGAACUUUUUCCAUUCUUGCCGGUAUAUACUUGAACCUUCUUUGUAUCUUUCAACAGAUGUUGAUGUCUUGGCCUUCUUUAAAACGUCUAGAUUCUUAACUGUACUCUUACAUCCGCAUUCUCGUCGGUUUUAUCUUCCCGAAUCUUGCCAAAACCAGUUUUUAAAUCUAUGCCUGAUCGCACCUCCUCGGUUGAAUAGCAGAAUCUGAAACUGCUCUCACACCCAUGCAAGUUUCCACUGUGUCUGCCACUCCAACACCUAGCUCAACGUUACGAACAUAUUGGUUGUUGCAGAAAGUCUCGAGUAUUUUUCCUGAAAACAGUCACAGACACAGAGUCUUGAUCAUCAACCAUUCUCAUGCACUUUAUGAACAUCCUUGAAGGAACAAAUACCUAGUGAUCUUUUUUUCCUUUUCUCUCCUUUCAGACCCUCCUUUAAGCAAUUAAACAAAUCUUUUGCCUUAUGUUUGUGCUGACUAUAUAGACCGUCUAAAACUUCAAUUUGAGGGCCGCAUGAAUCUUUUUAAGCAAUCAAUUGGUAAAUUUGUUCGUUAAUUAUUACUACUUCGUGCAACUGUUUUCGUUCUUGCUUUUAGUAUGGGUUUCAUUGUCACAAAAACUCUUACUAGCUUUAUUUUAUUUUCUCAGGUUGUUUAAUUUAUGAACUCUUUUCUGGCUUGAAGUUGGCCAAAACUGAGGAUUUGCGUAACAUUGCCUCUAUACCAAAGGUUGGUACUUCCAUCUGUCAGCGGCAUUUUUUGGUUUUUUCCCUUUGCUUUUAUAUUAUAUGCGUUGCAUUAGAUAAGCUAAACUCUCGUUGAACUGUCUAGAGUAUCAUCAACAGUGUCAGGUGACCAUUACAAAAGCAGAUUCUACUCAUUUGCGGGCCUCCUUUCUUGAUUUGUACAGGAAAAUCCUUUGGCCAAACCUUUUGUACUGCUUUCCUCAUGCUCACCAUCAGAUUGGAUUAUCUGUCUCACUAUUAAUUUUAUCCCCAAUUCUUUUUCCUUUAACCUUGCUUAUUACAGUGAGACGUCAAUCAAUUUAAUCAAUCAUAUUCAAAAUUUUCCUUCUGAAUGGUUUAUUGCCUUCAAAAUCGUAUGCUUGCAUUCCAUUUGAGCGCAGAGAUGUCAGUUAAAUUAGUACAAGCUGUCAGGUUGAACUGAGCGGAGUAAAAUAUUAGCAUGGCUUCACUGGUUGCAUGUUUUGAACGUUUAAGUACUAUAUUUUUCAAAAACAUCAAUGAAGAUUUCGUUUUAAAUGAGUCGCAAAACUAGUAGGUAGUCCAUUCCAUGUAAUUGUUAUGAUAUAUGCCUCUCAAAAUAUUUGCUUAAUGGGCCUUUUCAUUUCAACAAAGUCUUUGCUUAAUAGCCCGGUCUGUCAAUCCAUUCUUGAUUGGUGUUUGGCAUCAUUUCAGUGAGUUGAGCUCAUUCAAUAGGUUUUUCCGUGUAUCCUUGAAGCAAUUUUAUAUUUUCACUAAUUCUGUCAAGAAGUUCCGUGCAUUGAUAUUUUUUUUCCACCUUGUUUUCUUAUAGUCUUUGCUUCCAGACUAUCAGAGGCUCUUGAGCUCCACUCCUUCUCGAAGGUUAAACCCUGCAAAGCUCAUAGAUAACAGUGGUGAGUUCCCCUAGUUUUUUUUCUUUAAACUCCACUGAGGGAGCAAUUAGUUGGAAUAUGGAAUAACGUUUUAAUUUUUUCUCUAUAAUUAUUUUAUUUUCAUGAGGUGAGAAAUGUAGUCUUAGUGAGGCCUUAUGAUUAAAAAAAUCAAGAUCAAGGACUGAGUUUGGAUCCCAUAAUCCUUUUUAUGAUCCACAGUGGAGCUUAAAUCAUUUAAAUUAUAAUACGAAAAGGAACAGAGAUGAGGAAAGAGUAAAAUGGCGGAAGAGAUGAUCAGGAACAACAAUGUGUAGCAGAAGGAAUCCUCCUCAAGCAACACAGGCAUUGGCAAGGAACAGCCCCUUCUAUCUGCCCCCCCUUUUUUUAGCUGUGCGAUUUAGGCAGGAAUAUAUAUUAGACAAAACUAUCUUUUUGAAGAGCAGAAUCAAUAAAUUUAUUCAAUGUAUUUUUUUUAAAAUGUAUAAAAACUGCCUUUUAAAAUAAAAAUAAUCCAAGAAAGCCACUAAAUAAAAGAACAUACCAUGAACUCAACCUUCCAGAGGUAGACAUCUCAGUUGCCUUUAAUGUAAAAGAAUAUUGCUCCAUCCCAGUUUUAAGAUGCCCAACGUGAUAAAUUUAUUCUUGAUUUUGUUGAAAAAACAAAAAGGCAACGGAGAAAUUUAUUUUCUUUUAAAAAGAGCAAGGAAUUUAUAUUCAGGGCAAAUUUGUGUGGUAAUUUAGUGUUUUGAAAGCAGAUAGUACCCAUUUCAGAAGUAACAUAGAAAUAGCAUCAUCCCUAACCACUAUCAGAUAAAUGGAGAGUGUCGGACUAGUCUCAAGGAGGUGUUGAAUGUUGGCUGGCAUGGAAACAAAAGAAAUGUAUAUGAGUUUUCCAGCUGUAGCACCAAAUGUUUUGUUUUGUUUCUGUUUCAUUAGACGUGGUUGGCAUUCUCAUUGACACAUUUCCCAUCUUUCCCCUUUUCAAUAAUUUUGGCAUUUUCUCUAUUUGAAAUUUUUGUGUAGUGUAACAUAAAUAAUAGUGAGUUCAAUUUCAUUUUCUGUACUUUCUUAUAUUGUAUGUAAUUUCAUUAAGAAAACUUGUAUUGUUCUAUUCUUCUGACAAUAUAAGCAUCUUAUUGGCAGAAUAUUUUCAUAAUAAGCUAGUGGAAACUAUACAGUUUAUGGAAAUUCUUAAUCUAAAAGAUAGUGUUGAGAAAGAUUCCUUCUUCCGCAAGCUCCCAAACUUAGCAGAACAGCUUCCUCGGCCAAUUGUUCUGAGAAAGGUAAUUUGGUGUAUGUUGUAUUAUUUGGGUACUUUUCAUCCACAUGGUCAAAUGGUGACACUAGAUUUUCUCUACUUAUUUACAGUUGUUGCCACUAUUGUCAUCCUCCCUUGAGUUUGGUUCAGCUGCAGCUCCUGCUUUAACUGCUCUGUUGAAAAUGGGUUCUUGGCUCCCAGCGGAUGAAUUCAGCGCCAAGGUUGCACAUUUUUUUCUUUUCUAAUGGCAUCUGAUUUUUAUUUUUUAAUCUCUCUUUAGUUUUGAAGGUUGUUCAUCUAACAACCUUCCUUUUUCCUCGUACUUAACUUUUCCUUUGUCUCACAUGUUCAUUCUCUUCCUUAGAUUCUGCCUACCAUUGUUAAACUUUUUGCUUCCAAUGAUCGAGCUAUUCGAGUUGGACUCCUUCAACAUUUAGAUCAGUUUGGAGAGUCAUUGUCGGCUCAGAUUGUUGAUGAGCAAGUGCGUGAUCACUUCCAAACUCUAUUUUACAGCAUUCAAUUCUAUACAUAUUUUCAGUCUUAGUUUGAUAUGGUGGUUUCAUUUUGGUGAAAAAAGGAACUUUCUAAUUUUUUUCAUGUUGUGUAUCAUUAGGUUUUCCCUCAUGUGGCCACUGGCUUCUCUGACAGUUCUGCCUUUCUCCGUGAACUCACACUGAAGUCAAUGCUCAUUUUGGCGCCUAAGGUACAUUUGUCCCAGUAUGCUUAUUUGUGAAGAGUUUACUAGUUGAACAAUUUUCUUUUAAUGCGGCUUUCAACCGAAUUGAUUGUAGUAUAUUUAGUACAUGAUUGUUAUAUCCUCGAAUGACUUUCAUAAUGCAUACAUGAAAGACAAGAAAACCGGUGGAUUAAUGGAUACGGGUUGGGAUCUUAUUGGACUGAAUUGUUGCUUUGACUAAAUUCUUUUGGUUUCUGGUUUGUGCCAUGCAGUUGUCUCAACGGACCAUGUCAGGAUCGUUAUUGAAAUACCUUUCCAAGUUGCAGGUUUUUUCCAUUUUCUUUGUAUCAUUAUAAUUCUCAUCUGUUGUGGCUGUUCAGAUCCUAUUACUUUUAAAAAAUAAUUUUGAUCUUCGCCUGUAAUGUCAUUCAGGUGGAUGAAGAGCCCGCAAUCAGAACAAACACAACAAUCUUACUUGGGAAUAUCGCCAGUCACCUGAACGAGGGGGUUAGUAUAAUUAUACGUCGAAGCCAUAAUUAUAAUUUUCAUUUAUUGAUUUAAUAAUUCUCAUAGUAGUGCUCGAACCAAUGUGUUAUGCUUUGUUAUUCACAUAUCCAUAUAGUUACAUCGCAUCAGCUUAGAGUAUUCUAAAAAAUGUGUCAUAAACCCAUCAACAUAUAUGAGACGCUCAAAUCUCAUGUAAAGAAUCACACACAUAAGUAGACAAAAAGUUUGUGCUCUUUCUGUAACAAGUUUAACUGUAGAAUAUGCUUGUGUGUUUCAGACGAGGAAGAGGGUUCUAAUUAAUGCAUUUACCGUCCGUGCAUUGCGGGAUACCUUCUCUCCAGCCCGGGCUGCAGGUAUGUUGAAAUUUUCCUCUUCUUUUAAUCCGUGAUUUGGCAGUUGGCAUUUGCCCGAAUAUAUCUGUGUUGAUAAUCACUGCUUUAUAAAUCUAAUAUUUGUGCAUUUACGUGUUUGACUUUGGAUUUUUAAUCCUGGUGGAGUAUUUAUUCUCGCCCAAUCUUGGCUUAGUUAUGCCCGUUCCUUUCUCCCUCUCUGUCCUUUUUGCAGGGGUUAUGGCUUUGACUGCCACUUGUUCGUAUUAUGACAUGACCGAGAUUGCUGCUCGUAUAUUGCCAAGCAUUGUUGUCCUUAUUAUUGAUCCAGACAGGUAAAUUCGCGAAUUAACUUGUAAAUAUAUAUAUAUGCAGUGUAAUACAUGCAUUGUACUGUGUAUAUUCGUAUAUAACAUCUUUAUUCAAUUACCCAGUAGAGAAUUUAUUAGGGUUUUCAAUACCCAGUAGAUUUUUUAUUUCGUCAAUUAUCCAAAAUAAUUUAAUGAAUAUGUUAUGAUGUUUUGUUCUGAUGGAAUUUCUUCGAAAAUUGAAGUUAUAAUAUCCCAUCCUCCUGUUUUCAAGGGAAGAAAGCUGAACUCCUUGUCAUACAAAUAGGCUAAUAUAAUGAAUGAUAGCUUUGCUUUUGAUCACCAGCUUUUCUGCAGGGAUUUUAUUAUAUUCCCCUCUUUGGGAUGAUUAUUGCGAACGCCGUGGAUGGUUUUUCGCUUGACAGAUUCUGAACUUGCUUCUUUCAUCAUAUUCUCUUUCGGUCCCCUCGUCUUGCCCAUCUAAUCCUGUCUGUUUAUGAACAUUCAUUGCACUUUCUUGUGUCGUUAUUCAUGUUUCUUGCACUGACAGAGUUGCAGUUACUGAGGUUCAUGGGCUUUUUUUUUCUACCUGUAGUGACGUAAGAACAAAGGCGCUCCAAGCUAUUGACCAAUUUUUGCAGAUAUCAAAGCAGUAUCAUGAGAAGGUAUGCAAAUUUCAUGCGCAUUUAUUGCAAAUUCAUCGAUAAACUUUGUGAAUUAUAUUCUUGCUUCUGCUUUUCCCCAAAUAGUAAGUUCAGCUUUCUCACUUGUUCCAUAUGUCACAUGGAGGUAUCUUAUUCUCAUUUAUAUCUUUGCUUUUUUAUGGGGGGGGAUUUUCUUGAAUUGUGAAGGUUGGCUGUGAAAAUUUCAGCCCAUAACGGAACCAUCUAUAGCUGAUGAUUGGAAACGUUUUCUUUAUUCGUCUGCCCAUUUUAGCUGUAGGCUUGCCCCCCAUGUUGACUCUCCCCAGUCGGGCCCUUCAUGAUCUGGUGACAAGAUAACGCUAGAACAAGGUCAACCCCUGGUGCUGUGGGACCUGGCAGAAGCCUCGCUCCUGGCUGAAUUUGACCUAAUAAUUAAUAUUUUGAAUUACUUCGGUUAGGUAGAACACUUGGAAAUGUGCUCAUUUAUGAGUAGAAAUCCAAGUUCAGCCAGCGUAGGAGCUGGGCGUUCGGAUUGAGUCAAAUGGGAAAAGUCAAAGUUGUGUGCCAGUUGAUGGUGCCUGACAGGGGACCUGGGGGGUUCACCCACCUAGAAAACGCAGGGAAAACAGGAACGACCAUGGAAGAGGUCAGAAUCCACGCAGGAGCAAGAGGCCGUUGACCAUGGUUUUAUCUGACCUGGUGCAGUUCGUGUGAGAAAGCUUGGGGGAGAGAGAAUGAGAUAUAUAUAUAUCUUGCAAUCUCAUCAUUGGCUGUUUCUUGGGGAGGCAAUGGAGCAGGCCUUUGACCGUUCUUCUUUGUUUGAUUUCACUGCCACUUACUGUUCCUCUCAGAUCUCAAUUCAUGAUCUUGACCAUUCUUUCUCUCUCUCUCUCUCUCUCUCUCUCUCUCUCUCUCUCCCUCUCUCUCUCUGUGCUCUUGUUAUCUCCACGUAGAUGAAUUCUGGAGAUUCCCACGAGGCCUCUGCUGCUGGAGCCACACUCAUAACUGGGAACGCCAGUCUCUUGGGGUAAGAAUGAAAUUUCUGCCGUACUCCUUUUAGAAAAACGAUUUUAAAAAAUUAUUUCAAUAUAUAUAUAUAUAUAUUGGAUUUAAUCCAUUUAGUUUUAUUAAAUGUGGACCGUACUGGGAAAUUACAGCUGGGCCAUGAGCUCGUUAACUUUGAAGGGAAAACCCUCUGAGCAUGCCCCGGUGGCUUCUAUGAACUCCGAGACCCCUGUGGCUCCAGCUACUUCCGAUGCCAGCUCAGGUACACGAUCUCUGACUACCUCACCUAUUCCUUGUUUGGUAAAUUGACCGUCAGUUGUUCAGUUAAAUCGUUAUUUCACUUACUUUAAUGGGGGAAAUGCGGUGGAGCCAUUAGCACUAAGUCAACGAGUUCUGAGCUCCCUUGCCGUUGUUGACGCUCGACCUCACAUAAUCCGGCCUCCUUUGACCACAUCAUUGCCGUUGUUGCUGGCUCUUCCGGUCUUCACUUCACCCUCCUCCUCAUGUUCCCGUCCAUAGUCAACGCCUUCAAUCUUCCUGCGUUGUUAAUAAAUAGUCAACCUCUGUUGUCGACCACGUUUCGUGCCCAGUGUCUUCAGUUAUUUCAACCAGCAAGCACGAUGACGACCUAAAUUCUCCCAGUCUUCCCCCUAAAUUCUCCUAUGUAAGCAGCACAAGUCAACGCCUUUGACCUUCCAUCCCUGCAGCCAAGUUCACACAGAAUGCCGGCGGCGUUGACUACACAGACCACCCCCCCGCCCCACCCUCCCCGACAUCCACCGACGGCUGGGGGGAAGUCGACCAUGGGGCCCUCCGCGAAGACCGCGAAGAGAGCGACAAGGAAGGAUGGGACGACGUUGACCCCCUCGAGGAGCUCGAGCCCGCUCUUCCUACCUCCGCCGCCAUAUCCGCCGCCCAGAAGCGGCCCGUGAUCAACGCCAAGCCCCCAGGUAAGUCAACCCCUCUUCCCCGAAUCUUGGAACACAAAUAGAAACCUUAACCAGACCAUAAUCGGAAAAAAAAUAAUCUCCUGUUGUGUCGGUCCUCCCAGCGGCGAGCUCUGCGCGGCCGAAGCCGAGGGCGGCGCCAACUUCGUCGGCGUUGGAGGAAGAUGACGACCCGUGGGCCGCCGUGGCGGCGCCACCCAAACCGGCGGUGAGAUCGGCUGAGGACGACCCGUGGGCUUCCAUUGCAGUGCCGGCGCCGAGAACGAAGACGAAGCCUCUGACGAGCGGCGCGAGGGCUUCUGCCCCUGCCGCCGCCGCCGCCACCACUUCCGCCGCCGUCGACGACGGCGACCCAUGGGCCGCCAUCGCAGCCCCGCCGCCGACCACCAGGGCCAAGCCCUUGGCUCUCGGAAGGGGAAGAGCGAAGGCGGCACCCACCGCCAAGCUGGGCGCCCAGCGAAUUGACCGGAGCUCCUCCUCUGGGCUGUGA